AUGAGUGAAGAUAAGGAAGCAAACGAGCUUCCUAUUAUGAAGUAUCAAGAGAAAAUCAUUGACAAAGUAGGAAAUAAUCCAAUAACAAUCAUUUAUGGAGGUGAAACUGGUUGUGGAAAGAGCACAAAAAUCCCUCAGUUCAUUCUGGAUGAUGAAAAAGAAAAUUGUAAAAUAAUUUGUACAGAACCGCGAAAAAUUGCAGCAAUAACAUUAGCAAAAAGAGUAUCAACAGAACGAAAUUGUGAAUUAGGCACCACAAUUGGAUUUCAAAUUGGUUUAAAUAAGAAAUGUGACACUGAAAAUCAUCAGACAAAAUUGCUGUUCUGCACAACUGGCAUUCUUUUGGAAAAAAUAUUGUAUGAAAAAGGAAUUGACCAAUUUAGUCAUAUUAUUUUGGACGAAAUUCAUGAACGUGAUACUGAAACUGAUUUAUUAAUGAUGAUAAUACGUGAUAAACUAUUAAUGGGUUCAGAUGCAAAAUUGAUUCUUAUGUCUGCGACAUUGAAUAUUAAUAAAUUUGAGGAUUACUUUACUUUAGUCGUUAAUGGUCAUCCGAUUAAGCCUGCCAUCGUCAACAUUCAGUCUGAACGAAAGUUUAACAUCGAAAUUGGAUAUUUGGACGAUAUUGAAGAGUUAGAAAUGUCCAAUAAAAUCAUCAAUUACUCGACUCCGUCAAUAACAACGGAACUGUAUCAUUUGGCAGCACAAAUAAUCGAGGAACAUAUUCUAAAAAGCACAAAAUCAAUCUUAGUCUUCUUACCAGGCAUUUAUGAAAUUGAAUCAACGCAUUCUAUUCUGGGAAACUAUGAAUCCAUAAAAGACAAGUAUAUGCUGAUUAUAAUGCAUUCAUCAUUGCCAACAGAUCUGCAAAAGGAAGCAUUUAUGCGUACUGCCUUGCCUAAAGUCAUUCUCAGCACAAACAUCUCGGAAAGUUCUGUCACUAUUCCUAAUGUUGAAUGCAUUAUCGAUUUCUGCCUUACAAAGAACAUUGUAAAAGGAGAGUCGUCAAUGUCGUCAUUAAAGAUGGAAUUUUCAUCUCAAAACAGCUUAAUUCAAAGAGCUGGAAGAACUGGCCGAACUUGCGAUGGAGUUUGCUACAGAUUAAUCCAUAAAAGAAUCUUUAACAACACAUUAUUAAAAGAGAAUAUUCCAGAAAUGCAACGAGCACCGUUGGAAAAUGUUGUUCUACGUGUAAAGCAACUUGAAUAUGAUGCACCAAUGCCACUGUUAAAUAAAUGUAUGAGUCCGCCGAAUUUCGUGAAUGUUGUCAAGUCAGUCAUGAAGUUAAAAGAACUAGGUGGCUUAAAAAUCGUAGAUGAAGAUGAAAUCUUUACGCCUGUUGACGGUGAUUUAACAUUUAUCGGAAAAGUCAUGUCAAAUCUUCCAUUAGAUUGUCAAUUAACCAAAUUGAUAUUAUUCGGGUACAUGUUUUCAGUUCUUGAUGACAUUACAAUAAUUGCUGCAGGCUUGAACAUAAAAAGUGUCUUUCAAACACGAUAUAAUAAAAAAUUGGAAGAUUAUAUCCUUAAAACACGUUGGAGUAAUGGUUCUGGAUGUGAUUCAAUCACAUUACUUAAUGCCUACAAGUUUUGGCAAAAUGAACGUGAAAAGGGUACAUUACGAAAAUAUGAAGAUGAACAGAAAUGGUGCAACAAGUAUGGAUUAGAUCGCAAGAAUUUACAUGAAAUGAGACUUUUAAUAUUUAAGAUCCAGAGUCGAUUGAAAGAAAUGAAUAUUGAACCUCUGACUGGAAGUAAAGCAAUAACUUGGAAUAAUCAGGAAAAGCCAUUGAUUAUUAAAAUGUGCAUGGCUGGUGCUUUUAUGCCAAAUUUAUUCAUACAAGGAAAAUCCGAUCAAAUUACUGAACGUGAAGUCUAUAAGACAUUGAAUGGCUUAAAUCCAAAUAAAACAGUAUACUUCCGUAAAAUGGAUCGUGAUCAAAUUGGACAAGUUUAUACUGAGCGAAUUAAAGAUGAAUUGAUUGAAAAUAAGAUUGCAGAAUCAAAAGAAGGCAUUAAAGUGUCAUUUGAUUUCACAAAAGUUUUUGUCCAAUUUUCCGACAAAUUUUCAAUGAUUGAUGAUGGUAAAUAUAGUGAAAACAACAUAACAAGCAGUGCUUUGUUUCCUGGCACAAUCUGUAAUGAAGUCUAUACCGCUGUCAAAUACCGAAAGACUGGUGCUCGCAGUAAAAUGUUGGAAUCAAAAGGCUCAUACAAUGAUGACAAUUCCUACAAUUCAUCCUUUGAAAUUAAAGUUAUGCCUGUCAAUGAAACUCGAGAAUAUGCAAUGAACUUUAAAAUUUUGGAUUAUAUUAAUGGGAAGCUUCAGGUUAAGAAAUAUUUGUGUAAUAUGCCUGAACAUGUCUAUUGUCCAUCAUUCAAUACUAAAGAAAUGAUCGGCUACAUCACUCAUGUUGAACAUUGUAAUAAGUUCUACUUCCAACCAGUUGACGAAUGUAAUCAAGGAAUAUUAGCUGACAUUGAAAAAGGGCUAGAAAAAGAAGAGCUGUUUAGUGCUAAGAAGCUGAAAAUUGAUAAACUAGUUGUGGCUCUUCAUGAUACAUUCUACAAGCGAGCUAAAAUUAUGAAGAUUUAUGAUGAUUCGAAGACAGCAGAUUGCUACAUGUUUGAUUAUGGAUAUACGAAAGAAAUUGCUUUUACUGAUCUCUACGAAGUGGACAAUGAACUCAUGGCUCAUUACUUCUUAAUAUACGAGCGAUGCUUUGAAUGCAGAAUGGUUGAAAUAGCACCUUCAUCUUCGAAAUGCAUGCGUGGAAAAUGGACACUUGAGGCAAUUGAGGAAUUUCGUAAAAAAGUCAUAAAAGCAUGGAUAAAAGUUAAAAUUUAUUCGUUUGUCGAUGAAGUUGCAUCCGUUGAAGUGUUUGCUAAUAAAAACGAAGUUAGCAUUAAUGAGCAUAUGAUAAAGGCAGGAUAUGCAAGAAAAUGUGAAGAAAGUUACAUGAGUAAAAUGAAUCAUAACGAACGCGAAAAUGUACAAUAUUCAAAGAAUUGGAUAUCACGUGAAAAAGAAUUUGAGGAUAAAGAAAGCAAUAUAAUUAAAGUGUCAAUUCCAUCGCCACAAAUGUCAAGAUGCAAGAGAACCAUAAGAUUGGAAGGUCCUUACUCACCUCUUGAAACAUCUUUGACUGAAGUAUCAAUUGAAAAUCGUGGAAAUAUUCAAAUUGACCAGACCUCUGUUAACAGCAUACUUUUGGACAAUGAGAUUGAGAAUUAUGAUGGAACUGUAGUUGUUGCUGCUGAUAUUAUGAAGAAUCCUACUCGUGGAAUUACUCUUUACAAUGUGACAACUUUACCAAACAUUUAUGGACUUUCAACUUUAGUGGCAUUAAUGUUUGCUCCAAAUUUUGUGUUUUAUCAAAAUCCCGAAAAGAAGCAAUUUAUUGGAGUUAAAUUUGGACUAGGAUUUUAUGAAAAUAAUUCAAAGGCAUAUUAUUAUGAUCAUGACAGCUACUUGCCAAUUAAUUAUGAAAAUACAUUCCAAGACGACAUCGCUGAUAUAAAUCACUUGAGAGUUUCAAUGUCAUGUCUAUUAAAAGGACACAGCAUAUUAGCAACUUUGAGUGAAGAUGAUAAAGAGGAAUGCAUGAAAGACAUUAAACAUUUGCUCAUUAAAAUUCUCAGCAAAGAACGAAUUCCAGUUCAAAACUCGGAAUUUUAUCCUGGCAGAUCUGAUUCUUGGAUUACAAAUUGUAACAAGAUUGAAGUAUAUGUAGGUGAUUUAUACAGAGGUGGACCAUUUCCAACAAUCAUGACACCAUCACUUAACAAAGACUUGAUUUAA